AUGUCAGACUGGAAGCUUGUCACCAUGGCGAGAAAGCUUUCUGUCCUCGGACUGCUCACGGCCGUAGCUUCAGCUGCUGUGAUCCGCAGAGACUACUCCAGCGACGAUGCGCUCUCAGCAUGCCCGGGCUACAAGGCUUCCAAAGUCCAAUUGACCUCGACCGGACUGACAGCGGACUUGUCCCUGGCUGGGGUUGCCUGCAACGCGUACGGAACCGAUCUGAUGGACUUGACUCUGACUGUCGAGUAUCAGACUGAUACCCGUCUCCACGUCAAGAUCCAGGAUGCCGCGAACCAGGUCUACCAGAUCCCCGAGUCUGUGUUCCCCCGCCCCGAGGCCACCAGCUUGACCAUUGCGGAAUCCAAGCUGCAAUUCAACUACACCGAGAAUCCCUUCUCAUUCAGCGUAAGCCGUUCCGACACGGGCGAGGUUCUCUUCGACACCUCUGGAGCCAGCCUCGUCUUCGAAAGCCAGUACCUGCGCCUCCGGACCAAGUUGCCCGAGAACCCCAACCUUUAUGGUCUGGGCGAGCAUUCGGACCCCUUCCGUCUGAAGACGACUGACUACAUCCGCACGUUGUGGUCUCAGGACUCGUACGGUAUUCCUUUGGGUGCCAAUUUGUACGGCAAUCACCCCGUCUAUUACGAGCAUCGCAAAAAUGGCACGCAUGGAGUCUUCUUCUUGAACUCCAACGGAAUGGAUGUUUUUAUCAACAAGACGGAGGAGUCUGGGCAGUACCUUCAGUACAACGCUCUCGGCGGAGUCCUAGACCUCUAUUUCGUUUCCGGUCCUUCUCCCAUUGAGGUGGCUCGGCAAUAUGCUCAGAUCACCGGCUUGCCAGCGAUGAUGCCAUACUGGGGUCUAGGUUUCCAUCAAUGUCGUUACGGAUACCGCGACGUCUUUGACGUUGCUGAGGUCGUCUACAACUACAGCAUCGCCGAGAUUCCCCUCGAGACCAUGUGGACUGACAUUGAUUACAUGGACAGGCGAAGAGUCUUCUCGCUCGAUCCUGAGCGGUACCCCCUCGCAAAGGUCCGCCAGCUCGUCGAUAAGCUUCAUAAGAAUGAUCAGCACUACAUCGUCAUGGUAGACCCUGCAGUGGCCUACGUCGAAUCACCCACCCUGCAGCGCGGCAUCGACGACAACAUUUGGCUCCUGCGUAGCAACGGUUCUGUCUGGAUCGGUGUCGUCUGGCCCGGUGUGACUGUAUUCCCUGAUUUCUUCGCAGAGAAUAUCACUUCAUACUGGAACAAUGAGUUCGCUGAAUUCUUCUCGGCCGACAAGGGAGUCGACAUCGACGCCCUCUGGAUCGACAUGAACGAGCCGUCCAACUUCCCCUGCUAUUUCCCCUGCGAUGACCCGUAUGGUUCCGCUGUUGGGUUUCCCCCUGAGCCGCCAGCCGUCCGCGAGAAUCCCAGACCUCUUCCCGGCUGGCCUUGCGAUUUCCAACCUCCUGGAACAAACUGCGGUAAUAACCAGACCAAGCGAUCUGACAUUCUCGUCCGGGAGCAGAUAUCGCCUAGGAUACUGCCCGCCGGGCAGACGUUCGAUAACUUGAUCCUCUCGGAGAGACAAUCAUCAGGUGAUCAGAAGGGUUUGCCCGACCGUGAUCUUCUCUUCCCCAAGUACGCCAUCCACAACAAGGCCGCUUGGGACACAGAGUCAAACGCAGCCCGUGGUGGUAUCUCCAAUAAGACGGUUAAUACGGACGUGAUUCACCAAAAUGGCCUCGCCAUGUACGAUACCCAUAAUCUUUACGGCUCCAUGAUGUCCUCGGCCUCCAGAGUCGCCAUGGAAGCCCGCCGCCCGGGCCUACGCCCCCUCAUUAUCACGCGCUCCACAUUCGCUGGCGUCGGAAAGCACGUCGGCCACUGGCUCGGCGACAACCUCUCCAACUGGCAACAGUACCGCGUCUCCAUCUCCCAGCUUCUGCAGUUCGCUGCCAUCUACCAGGUGCCCAUGGUCGGCUCCGAUGCUUGUGGUUUCGGCGAUGACACCAACGAGCAGCUCUGUGCGCGCUGGGCCGCCCUCGCCGCCUUCUCGUCAUUUUAUCGCAAUCACAACUCCAUUGACAGUAUCUCGCAGGAGUUUUACCGCUGGGACACGGUAGCUGACAGUGCCCGCAAGGCCAUCGCCAUCCGCUACCGCCUGCUCGAUUACAUCUACACGGCGCUAUAUCAGCAGACAAAGAACGGCACUCCGCUCAUCAACCCGCUCUUCUACCUCUAUCCAAACGACGAGAAGACGUUCGGUUUGGACCUUCAGUACUUCUACGGUGACGCAGUUCUCGUCGCGCCCGUUACGGAAGAAGAUUCAACUUCAGUCGGUGUCUAUUUCCCCGACGAUGUGUUCUACGACUGGUACACCCAUGAAGUUAUCCAGGGUACCGGUGCCACCAUUUCCUUGACAAAUCAGGAUUACACCACCAUCCCGCUCUUCAUACGCGGCGGUUCCGUUCUGCCUCUGCGCGCUAACAGCACCAUGACGACCAAGCAGCUGCGCGAAGAGAACUUUGAGCUCUUGAUCGCGGCUGGCAGGGAUGGCACUGCCAAGGGUCAGCUUUAUCUCGAUGAUGGUGUUAGCCUGGAACAGGCAGGCGUCACGAUCGUCACCUUUGAUUACAAGGACGGCAAAGUUUCCGUGGAUGGUGAGUUUGGGUACUCGACGCCGCUCCAGGUAUCCAAGGUUACGCUUCUCAGCGGAGGUCAGACUGGGAAGAGACAGGAGACGGUUAAGACGGUUGAUGUUGAGUAUCCCUUGACUGGGCCUUUCGUCAUUGAGCUCGUCUAG